CAUCCAACUGCACAAAUUGGCGAUGGCUGCAGGAUUGGACCGAAUGUUACGAUAUCUGAUGGUGUUAUCAUCCAAGCCGGAGUUCGCAUUCGAAAUUCAGCUAUUUUAUCCAACGCGAUUAUUGGCCCUCAUUCAUGGCUCGAUGGCUGCAUUGUCGGCUGGAGGUGUACAGUAGGCAGAUGGGUACGUUCCAAACAGUACUUUUUAGAUUUAGGUUGUGAUAACGAUUCACUCCGAUGUCGAUGGAAACUGUAA